UCCAAGUCCGGCGAUCUAAACUCUCAUCCGAUCCAGCUAAGCUAUCUCCUCCACAAUUCCUCGCCAUGGAUUUUGCUCCUCAAUAUCUUACCACCAUUAUCCUCAUUCUCAUAUCAAUUCUGUUAUCAUCCUCCUUGACGACUAUCAACGCCUCAAUCCACAUCUACCAGGAUCAGCUCUUCAACGAAGUCGGCAAUGCCUACCUUCUCUCCGGCGGCAGUGAGGGCCUCUCCACCUCAAGCUCCGAUGGCAGCUCUUUCAUCCGGUUAGUGAGUCAUUCUGACUUAAUAAAUGAAACAGUCCCUUUCGUAAAUUAGUGCUGUAGUGUGAUUCAUCUGUCAUGGGACAAGGCGGCGUUGCUUUCUCGAUUUUGGAUUAGAUCUGAUGGAAAGUCAUUAGGAUUUGAUAAUUUACAUGCAAGUCAUAUUGCAUUUUCAUUUUUUGAGGUUUCUCCAGCAAAUCCAGAUGCGCAGUUGCAAUUCGGCAGAGCUUGAAGUGUGUUAUUAUUUUCUGAUUCGUUGGUUAAUGAUUUUAAUAUGUCUGUAUCGUUUGCUAUCCACAUUUUGCCAUGAAAAUGAUCAUUUUCUUUUGUUAUGUGGAAGAUUUCUUGUGUUCGGUUAAUUAAUAAUUGUAGAAAGAAAAGAAGAUAAAAUUGAAGUGUUGGAUACUGAGUGUAUAAUGCAGAUAUUCCAGGUUUGAUGAAUAAAUAUCAGACUUCUUGUCCUGGAAUCCUCCAUUGCCUGUAACUUAUGUUACUGAAAGAGGCUAGAAGGCACCAUUUUAAAACCUGAUAUUCUAUAUGUUCUGUUGGAAUAGAUUUGAGAAUAUCACUCUCUGGAGAACUGAGGCUGUUGCAAAGCAGUAUUCACGCAAGAAGCAGAAUACUGGGUUGAUACAAGCAGUGAUUUUUGAGACUGCAGAUCGGAAUAACAUUGGUGGUUCAGCAUAUGGUGGACAAAGAUCAAUAUGUUGCACCCCUGAUCUUGCUAAGCUGGAAGGUUGCAGGCAAGGUGAAGUUAUCAGGAUACCAUCUGCCACAGAUAUUAACUGGCCAAUUGUUUUGAAUGUACACUUCACUGGCAGAUCCUUAUCUACAAGCAUGGAUGUGAAAGAUGUUCCCAUCACGAAGACUGGAAUGUAUAAUCUGUUCUUUAUAGCUUGUGAUCCUAAACUCAAAGGACUGGUAAUGAGCGGGAAAACUGUGUGGAAGAAUCCUGAUGGUUAUUUACCUGGGAGAAUGGCUCCCUUAAUGAAGUUUUAUGUAUUCAUGUCACUUGCAUAUUUGUUGCUGAGUGUCAUUUGGUUUGUGCAGUGCUUGAGGUUUUGGAAGGAUAUACUGCAACUUCAGCACUGCAUCAGUGCUGUUAUCGGUCUGGGUUUGUUACAAAUGAUACUAUGGUAUUUUGACUUCGCAAAUUUUGACAACACAGGAAUGAGGCCAGUUGUAAUUACAACUUGGGUUGUGACUAUAGGGGCUAUAAGGAAAACAGUUUCUCGACUAAUUAUACUUUCAGUAUCAAUGGGUUAUGGUGUUGUGCGGCCAACACUUGGUGGUCUUACUUCAAAGGUGCUUCUUCUUGGAAUAACUUAUUUCUUGGCAUCUGAAUUACUGGAUAUUACUGAAUAUGUGGGCACCAUCAAUGACAUAUCAGGGAGAGCAAGACUCUUUCUAGUCCUUCCUGAUGCAUUUCUAGAUGCGUUUUUGAUUUUGUGGAUUUUUACAUCUCUUUCAAAAACUCUGGAUCAGUUACAGGCAAAGAGGAUAUCGGUAAAGUUGGAUAUCUACAGGAAAUUCUCAAAUGCUUUAGUUGUGACUGUGAUUGCUUCAGUUGCAUGGAUUACUUAUGAGGUAUAUUUCAAAGCAACAGAUCCAUUCAAUGAGAGGUGGCAGAGCGCUUGGAUCAUCACAGCUUUUUGGGAUGUUCUUUCUUUUGUGUUGCUCUGUGUUAUCUGCUAUCUCUGGGCUCCAUCUUCAAGCUCCCAACGGUAUGCAUACUCAGAGGUUGCGGAAGAAGAAUUUGAUGAGGAAGAAGCUCAAUCUCUAACUAAGGGACAAUCUGAUGGGGAUGUUAUUCUGGUCAAGCAAGAAAAGAAUGUUGGAGGUACUGGUAUCCCCGAUCACGAAGUUGAGGCAGAAGAGGAUAAGAGGGAGUAAUUGAUUGGAGCACACUUUUCAGUCAAACUUAUUCCUUUGUCCAUUGAGGAGCAACCUUAACAGUUGACGCGCAAAUAGAAAAGAGAGAAGCAGUUGACAUUAACUGGGAUCCUUGCAAAUUCUUCCGGAGGAAGAGCUGCAAUAUCUGUCUUGUGUGGAUAGUAGUUUCUAUUCUUUAAUUAUACAUGGCUACUAAGAAGGGGCAAUUUGGAGGAUAGUUUUUCAAAGAGAGUAUAGAGACGGUUGCCACCCUAAAAUCUCAUUCAAAUACUCAAUAACAGCUGUUUGACCUU